AUGUCCUAUCCAGCUCUCACCCCGACUCGACCACUGCCAGGGACAUUCUUUCAGACUCCAGCAGCAAAUAACAUUAGCAAUGGACAACUAUUUCAGACGAGGACACCGUCGGCGCCUGCCGCGCAGCAGGAAUCAACAGCCGCUUCAACCCUUCAGAAAUUGUCACCAGCAGCUCCCAAAGUCAAGACUGAGACCCUGAGCACAAAGGAGCGCGCUGCGCGGACGAUAAAUGAUACACUCGCACAGGAAGCUCGAUAUCCAGAUCUUGAUAAUUAUCUUUCUCAAGGUUUUUCAUCUGACUACGAGAUACCUGUCAACAAAGCAUGGGCCCCAUUCCAAAGAGUAAAAAGUUACAACAUACCCGAGCAGAUCCUCGAUCAAUACAAUCGAGCACAAAUUUCUACGAGCAUGGGACUUUUUGCUGAGUUGAAUCACGCUUGGGUUGCCAUUGACAAUGCGCUGUACCUUUGGGAUUAUACCCACCCGAACCCACAACUAGUUGGAUACGAGUCUCAGUCUAACAGUAUCAAUGCCGUGAAGCUUGCUAAGCCUCGACCGGGCGUCUUCCUUCCUUCUAUUACGCACAUUCUGGUCAUUUCCACGACUGCGGAUAUCAUUCUGCUGGGUAUGGGAUGCGAAACGGUGGCUGGGGGUGCGAAACAAGUGACGUUAUAUCAGACUGGCAUGUCAACCUCUAUUCGUGGGCUUGACGUGCACGUCAUAACUUCAUCUCACACGUCUGGAAGGAUUUUCUUUGCUGGAUCGUCUGACAAUGACGUUUAUGAGUUCAAGUACCAACAGGAAGAGAAAUGGUUCCAGGGACGAUGUUCCAAAGUCAACCAGACCAGUUCACGGAUCGCAUCUUUUGCGCCAUCGUUAUCAAUAAGUUUCACCCAGAGACAAACUGAGUUCGUUGAGCAAAUGAUUGUGGAUGACACCCGGAAUCUUCUUUAUACGUUGUCAUCGUUAUCUACAAUCAGGGUCUUCCACCUAAAGCCUGACGGAACACUUGCACUGGCCAUCACGAAACCGGCUAUUGACAUAUAUUCCAAUAUCGGGCAUAUCAUCCCUUCCAACGAGGCAUUGAACCCCAAAGUGAAGAUUGUCUCCAUCUGUCCCAUUCCUACUCCUGAAGCGUCUCGAUACCAUCUCGUUGCUACGACAGCUACUGGCUAUCGCAUCUAUCUUAGCGCAACUGGAUCUUACAGCUGGUCACCUACACCCAGUGGCACUAGCCCUCCGACCAGUAUGCAGGCACAUUUCGUGAAAACGCCUCCUUUCGACACUCAACCAGCUGUACCUGGUGCAAUGCAAUUCCAACAGACUGCAACCACUACUAAAGUCCCUAUUCAUACACUCGAUCCCACCGUUAUGGCUCAACGAUUCCCUCCUGGGUAUUUCUUCUGCUUCACUUGCAAAGAUCCCUCACAAAAGGAAGAUACACUAUUUAUGUCAGCACCGGAUUCAGGCCGCAUUGCACGCGCUCAUGAAAAUGUUGUUCCUCCAAAGCCUUCAGAGUCGGGUUGGUGGUUUCCCCUAAGAAGCAGGGCUGAAGAUAUUGGUUUAAUCACGACUCCUUUGGAAGCUGUGGCAUCAGCCAAUGGAUUUGGAAACGAACUGGCUAUACAGUACGACCAGACCGCCGCAGAGUUGGCCAUUUUGACAAACUCAGGCGUUCAUGUAAUCCGAAGACGCCGUCUUGUCGAUAUCUUUGCCGCGCUUGUUCGCGAUGGAGGGGGUGAAGAUGGACUGGAAGGUGAUACCAAGAACUUUAUUCGUGUCUAUGGACGCAGCGAGGCCCUUGCUACGGCGUUGGCAGUUGCAUGUGGUCAGGGAAUGGAGGUCUCUGAUUCUCGCCUUACGAAGGUCAAAGACCCGGAUAUUUUAGAAUAUGCACGAAAGAUCUUCAUCGAAUAUGGCGGAAAGCCGUCUAUGAAUGAAAACGCUGUUGCAGAUAACAGCACUCCAGCAAUUGACUCGAUUCUUCCUUCCCCUCGUCACGCUGGUAUCGCAUUGUACAUGUCAAGGCUUCUUCGCUCUAUUUGGAAAAAGGAGAUUGCAGUCGCCAAGCCCUCCAAGACGGGAUUGGAUGUGACACCUUCAGUAAGCAUUGUCAAGCUACAGAGCAUCCAACGAGACUUGUCAGCACUGCAAGGAUUCUUCAACGUGAACAAGAAUUUCAUUGAAGGUCUCAGUGGGCCGGAAGCACUUUCGCGUGCAGCCACGAAGCAGGAAGAGACUGCCCUCAUGGCGGAACAUCGUGCUUUACAUUCAUUGGUCCAACUUCUGUCAGAUACAAUCGAAGGUAUUUCAUUUGUUUUGGUUCUCUUCGACGAGCGUGUGGAUGAAAUUGUCCUUGCUUUGCCUGAUGAGGCUAGACAGCGCUUCUUGAAACUCACCUUUGAGGAAUUAUUCAGUACUGGAAAAGGUCACGAGAUCGCCAAGGAACUUGUCAAGGCUAUUGUCAACAGGAAUAUUGCAAAGGGUUCGAAUGUGGAAACCGUUGCCGAUGCAUUGCGCCGUCGAUGUGGCAAUUUCUGCAGCGCCGAAGAUGUCAUCAUUUUCAAAGCGCAAGAACAGUUGAAGAGAGCGACCGAGGCAGGCGCAAAUUCGGAGAUAGGGAGAAACCUUCUGAACGAGAGUCUACGCUUGUUCCGGCAAGUAUCUGAGGAGCUACCAAUGGAUAAUCUUGUAUCUGCUGUGGACAGUUACAUUGCGAAUCAGUUUUUUGCGGGCGCUAUUCAACUAUGUCUCAACGUUGCUGACAGCUCGGAUAAAGCCAAUUUGGCUCUCAAUUGGGUGAUGGAAGGUCGUUCAGAGGAGGACUCACGCAAGAUACAUUAUUAUUUCCGCAAGCAGUGCUACGAUCUCAUUUUCAAGGUUAUCGUUGCAGUCGACAAGUCGGCAGCUAACGAUCCAGGCGUGAUUGACGGCCAGUACACGCCGCUCGCCAAACGCAGAAAUGAGGCCUACAGUGUUAUUGCUGAUUCUAACGAUGAAGUCUUUCUGACGUGCUUGUACGACUGGUAUCUGGAGCAAGGCUGGAGCGAUCGUCUUCUUGCAACACAGUCUCCCUUUGUCGUUACAUACCUGGAGCGCAAGUCUAUCGAUGAUAUUUUCCAUGCUGACUUGCUCUGGCGCUACUACGCCCAAUCCGAGCGGUACUUUGAUGCAGCCAGGGUUCAGUUUCAACUUGCACAAAGUGCAUUCAAUCUGCCCCUUAGCCGACGUAUUGAAUAUCUGGGUCAAGCUCGCGCCAAUGCUUCGACAUUCACUCACGAGAUUGGCCGACAAUCGCGACAAAGGCUUUUGCAAGAAAUUGGUAAUCUUAUGGAUGUUGCGAACAUUCAGGAUGAUCUAUUGCAGCGUUUGAAAGAGGAUGAUCGGCUGGACAAGGGAAGCAAGCAGGAGGUCUUGAAGGAUAUUGAUGGACCUAUCCAUGAUCUUACACUGCUCUUCAAUAGAUAUGCAGAUGCCGGCGGCUACUGCGAUAUCUGUCUACAAAUCUAUUAUGCAGCUGAUUACCGGAACAUGACCGAUAUCCUCUCAACAUGGGAAAAUCUAUUGGAAAUCACCCAUCAACAGACCGUCACCAAAGGCCAAGCCCAGCCGUAUGAAGCCGUGAUCGAAAAAAUCCGAUCUCUAGGAAGCCGUCUUCGCAUGUCCGAAAUCGUAUUCCCAAUCCCCAGCAUUCUCCCCAUCGUUGAGCGCUACUCAUUGCAACACCAACGCGGCAUCGGACCCCCAACAUGGGUAGUCGACUUAUUCCUUGACCUUGAAGUCCCCCACGAAACAAUCUACACCACUCUUGAAACCAUGUUCUAUAACGACGAAGCUCCCUUCACAGGCGCCAAUAAGAGAUACAUCGCCACAGAUCUGUUGUAUAUCAUCCAGCGAUGGUUCAAUGAUACGUUACGUGUUGGCGGAUCCGUAUUUGGAAGCGAUGUCAUGGCAACGAGAAUUUCCGAAAUGUUGGUUUUGGUUCAACGGAAUGGGUUACCUAGUGAAUAUGUCCAGAUGGCGCAAGAAUUGAGGGUGCAAAUCGACAACAGCAUUCGAUGAUUUCUUGGCUAGCCUUUGUUGUAUUCUAAUUUUUAAUGAGCUCUCUUUUUUUUGUGAUGGGGAGUAUGUAUCUUUUUAUGUUCUUGGGAUCGGUCGAAGAAACGAAACUUGUUACUAUCGUUACUAUCUAUUUAUCUAUUGUCUACAUGGAGCGAAGGAGGAAGACGUUGGAAAGCCGGCAGACAUGCACAUCUGGGAAGCGAAAAGAGAAAAGAAGAGAAAUUUUAUGCAUCAUAAGUGAGUGCUUUUCAUGGAGUCUUACAUAUCUCAUAGUUAGUACCUACGAUUAGUCUUGUCCUCCUUAGCGCGCAAUUGGAAUUCCUGAGUGUUUGAAUCGAUGUUUUGUCGUUUUCGACUCCUUCUGGUAUGUAGGUCAGUAUUCGUGACCAUAAAAGUUAUUUGAUAUCAGCGCUUCUAAGGAGAGUCCGAAAUUGGAAUGCAACAGCAUCACCAACGUCUUGCGUAGAGGCAGAACCUCCCAAAUCCUUCGUCCGAAUUCCUAAUCCACCAUGCUCGCGCACCUCGAGUGUUUUUCGUACAGCAUCCUCCAGUAAAUCGGCUUGACGCGGCAUACUAAACGAGUAUCGAAGAAGCAUCGCCAAACUGAGUAUUUGUGCAAUCGGAUUCGCCUGCCCCGUUCCCGAAAUAUCAGGAGCACUUCCAUGGACCGCUUCAUAGAUACCUUUAACAGGUUUUUCACUACCAGGUACUCCGCAUACGCUUGCGCUGGGAAGAACUCCUAGGGACCCCACGAUUCCUCCUGAUAUAUCAGACAGGAUGUCCCCAAAUGUAUUAUCAGUGUGAAUCACGCCGUUGAAUUUCGUUGGUGCUUUAACCAUGACCAUAGCCAUGCUAUCAGCCAGUUGGUCGUGGAGUUCAAUAUCAGGGA